AUCUGAUUGGGUACCGUCUGCAAAGAAGAAGUCCCUGGGUCCAUCUGCUGUGAGUGAAGUUUCGGACCUCCACGUCUCCGGAUAAAGAUCCACGUCGUGACACGUCAUCAUCUCCUUCGUUCGGCUCCUCUUAAUCAAAUAUUCUCCAAUUCGUCUCCAAACCAAAACUCCGGAAGCUUUCAUGGUAGAUGGCGGUUAAGCUACAUCGACCGGGUCUUAUAUCGCCAACCUAUUCAAACCCUUGUCUAUCGCGGAUGUCCAUUGGAACUUUUAUAUCCUGCAGAAGAGUGGUGGAGUUGGAUUACACAUCGAACUUCUCCGGGAACUCGAGUAGACGGUUGUUUGUAACCUACGAUGUUCUGGAGAGUAGGAGCUACUGUUUUCGUAGGAGAUCGUUUGGAAACAAGAAUAUAAGAGGGUAUAAAUUGCGGAGGAGAAUGCGGCCUUUUCUCCUUGCAUCAUCUUCUGACGACGGUGUGGCUGUUAAUGGGACUCCCCAGCCGAGAGCUAGCGAUGAUGUUGAGGAGAUGAGGGCUAAGCUCAGUGGAUCUCUACAAGAUGAGUACAACUGUGAUGAACUCAUUCAGUCUUUGCAUGAUGCUGCCAGAAGUUUUGAACUUGCACUUAAAAAGAAGAUUUCCUCUUCCAAAUUACCGUGGUUUUCAGCAGCUUGGUUGGGAGUCGAUAGAAACGCGUGGGUUAAGACAUUUUCUUAUCAGGCUUCCGUGUAUUGCUUACUACAAGCUGCAAAUGAGGUUUCAUCUAGAGGAAACAACAGAGACAAUGAUCUUAAUGUCUUUGUGCAAAGGAGUUUAUCACGCCUAGCUGCUCCCCUUGAUAGCAUGAUGCGGGAUAAACUAUCUUCCAGUCAUCCUGAAGCCAACGAAUGGUUUUGGUCUGACCAAGUUCCUCCUGCUGUGACAUCUUUUGUGAGUUGUUUUGAGGGGGACCAACGAUUUGUUGCUGCUACUUCUGCCUACGCCAAAGGCAAGUCCUCAGCUGCAAGCAAUGAGACUGAAGUGUCACUUCUCAUGCUUGUGCUCAAUUGCAUUGCCGCAGUCACGAAACUUGGCCCAACAAAACUUUCGUGCCCGCCCUUCUUUUCUUUGAUUCCGGAUACUACAGGAAGAUUGAUGGACAAAUUUGUUGACUUUGUUCCACUCCCUCAGGCCUAUCAUUCAAUGAAAAGCCUCGGUCUGCGCAGAGAAUUUCUUGUUCACUUUGGACCACGAGCAGCAGCCUGCAGAGUAAAAAGUGAUUGUCCUACAGAUGAGGUUGUCUUCUGGGUUGAUCUUAUACAAAACCAACUGCUUCGAGCUAUUGACCGGGAGAAAAUAUGGUCAAGAUUAACAACGUCUGAAAGUAUCGAGGUUUUGGAAAGAGAUUUAGCUAUUUUUGGAUUCUUCAUUGCCUUAGGCAGGAGCACACAGUCUUUUUUAGCUGCAAAUGGUUUUGAUGCGCUGGAGAAUCCUAUGGAAGACCUUGUCAGGCACUUCAUUGGGGGCAGUCUCCUCCAAUAUCCUCAACUUUCAGCCAUCAGUUCGUACCAGUUGUAUGUAGAGGUUGUCUGUGAAGAACUAGAGUGGCUCCCUUUCUAUCCAAAUAAAAAGGACUCGCAGGCAGCCAAACAAGCACAUGGGCAUAAAAACAGACCAGAAGGGCCACCCAAUUAUGAUGCUCUUCCUCAAAUAUUGAAUGUUUGCUCUUAUUGGCUACAGAGCUUUAUUAAAUACAGCAAAUGGCCAGAAAAUCCUUCUAACGUCAAGGCAGCAAAAUUCUUAUCCACUGGGCACAAGAAGCUAAUUCAGUGCAAGGAAGAACUGGGGAUAUCAAGUUUGGCAGUAACAGAAGCAGGAUUUGUUGACAUGAAUGCAUUAUCAACUGAAGAGUCAAGCUCAUUUGACAAGGCUCUAGAGAGUGUAGAUGAAGCUCUCGUGAGACUGGAAAGCUUGCUACAGCAGUUGCAUGCGUCAAGCUCAUCCUCUGGAAAGGAACAAAUAAAAGCUGCUUGCUCUGACCUAGAGAAAAUAAGGAAGCUCAAGAAAGAGGCCGAAUUUUUAGAGGCGUCUUUCAGAGCCAAAGCAGCUUCCCUGCAAGAGGGAGGUGGUGACAGCAACUCCCAGGUGUCCUCUGAGGAACAAAAACAGAAUCUAAAAGGAAAAGACACAAAGAAUUCAAUUAGCUCUGUAGAUCAAGGCACAAGUAGGAGUCGUGGAUUCUGGGGUUUCUUUGAGCGCCCUCCAAGGAAGAAGCCUGCCCCCAAGGUAGAUGAAUAUACUGAGAGGUCCAGAGAAAACGUAGAUAGCGUUGAUUCCGAAUCCAGUGAGAUUUAUCGGUUCGAACUUCUAAGGAAUGAACUGAUAGAGCUGGAGAAGCGGGUCCAAGGAAGUACAGAUGAGUCGGUAGAGGAAGAGGGAAAAACCUCUGGUGAUCCUACUCCGAAAUCAAGCAGUAGUAUGAAAGGUGUGGAGUUGGUUCAAAGCUCAAAGAAAGAAAGCGUCAUUGAGAAAACACUCGACCAAAUUAAAGAAACAAGCACAGACGUGUGGCAAGGUACGCAGCUUCUUGCAUUUGAUUCAGCUGCCGCUAUGGAGCUGCUUCGGAGGUCUGUAAUAGGAGAUGAAUUAACAGAGAAAGAAAAGAAAGCUCUGCGCAGAACUAUUACUGACUUGGCAUCAGUUGUUCCCAUUGGUGUUCUUAUGCUUCUUCCUGUCACAGCAGUGGGUCAUGCGGCUAUGCUUGCCGCAAUUCAAAGAUAUGUACCAGGCUUGAUACCUUCGACCUACGGACCAGAAAGGUUGAACCUAUUAAGACAGCUGGAGAAGGUCAAGCAAAUGAAAAAUGAAACAGAGCCUGAGGAAGGCAUCGAUGAAGCAGAAUCAUGAACAGAUUCAAGAUGCAAAAAAUCAGUUUAUACAUCACCUUGUUCUAUAUAAUUUAUUGACAAGAGAGGUGUGCAUAGAGAAUCUCAUUCCAUAUGUGUCUGUGUACGCCUGGUAGGCACCAGUGGCUGCAGUCCUGAGGAGCAUCAACAAACAGGAGUACCACUUGAGAACCAUCUUACCUAUAAUCUCUGUCAGAUACGUAAAAUGUUGAGAAACUUAAAACCUUACUAUGUUGAUAUCUCAUAUCAUAGAUAUAUAUCUAUUGCGAGUUGUAUCA